AUUAUUUGUUUGUCAAGUAAAGAAGGCCCCUUCCAGACAGUUGUUUCGUAGUUGAUAUCGUCAUAAAUAGACGAAACUGACAAGAGUAUUUUAAGGAAUCUAUUAACAGAGCCUGCAUUGAUCCAAUCAAGACAACGCAUACCAUGUUUAUGAGAAAGCUCUUACGCUGCACUAGCGUGUUCCGCAUUGCUGCAAUUGUUGUACUACUUCUUGGAAUGAUAUUUGGUAUCCAUGGAGACCGGCAUUUAGUUCCGUUGCCAGACCCAUUUGAAUGUCCACAAGCGCAGAACCGGUCAAUAUUUGAGUGUAGUGGAGGAAUCUAUGCUUCGCUAAGUGUGCAAUUCGUUCCAAAACGAUUUGCUCUUGGUGAUCAUGAAAUGGUGACUGUGAAAUUAUCUGCAACUCCAAAAUCUGAUGUCCUGUAUUUGGCAUGCAAAGCUUCUCUAAAAUGGAAUGGAAUUACUUUAUAUUCCCAAGUUUUUCCUGACGUGUGUGAUAAAAUCAAAUAUACUAGCUGUCCCUUUUUAAAAGGAAAAUACUACUCCACCAAGUCUAAUCCAAUACCAACCACUUUUCUUAAAAUAUUGAAAAAGGGCAAGUACCAUCUUGAAGGAUCAUGUACAGAUCAAAACAACCAAGAAGUUGGCUGUCUCGUUGGGGKUUUUACUUGGGUUUAGAUGUAGCUUGAUUUUGUGUGUUUUAGAGAAAGUCGUUUUUGGAUUUUCCAAUUUUGUUUUAAUUUUAUAUUUUGAAGUUAGUAU